UCAUGGAGGAGCCACUACUGGACACAGCUGCUGGCUCUGAUCAGUUGAGCACUAAGCCUCAAGAUCUGUAUGAAGGUGGGAACGAAGACUAUGCGCCGGUGAGGAGCGUCGAUGCUUUGCGGCUUAUGUUUUGGAUCGAGACAGUGAAGCUCUGGAAAAUAGCAGGUCCCACAGUGAUCACUAUGUUGUGUAUGUAUGGGACUAACUCAGUUAUCAUUAUCUUUGUUGGUCAUCUCGGAGCUGUAGAGCUCUCAGCCGUCUCCAUUUCUCUCUCCGUCAUUUCCACAUUCGCUUACGGAUUCUUGCUUGGCAUGGGGAGUGCUCUGGAGACCCUGUGUGGGCAGGCAUUUGGAGCUGGGGAGAUUCAUAUGCUUGGGAUUUACAUGCAGCGCUCAUGGAUAAUCCUAUUUGUAACCAGCCUCUGCAUCUUGCCAAUUUACAUCUUUGGCACACCCGUUUUAAAGUUGCUAGGCCAAGAAGAUGACAUAGCCAAUCUAGCUGGAGAAUUUACUAUUCAAAUAAUCCCCUCAUUGUUCUCACUUGCCAUUAUUUUUCCAUCUCAGAAGUUCCUUCAGGCUCAGAGAAAGGUUAAGGUUCUGGCAUGGAUUGCAGUUUUGGGUUUGAUCAUACAAAUUGGGAUGCUCUGUCUCUUCAUUUUGGUGUUUGGUUGGGGCACAUUGGGUGCGGCUGUUGCAUUUGACAUUGUAAGAUGGGGCAUGGCAAUUGCUCAAGUUGUGUAUAUAAUGGGUUGGUGCAGGGACGGCUGGACUGGGUUUUCAUGGUUGGCUUUCAAGGAGAUAUGGGCUUUUGUAAGACUUUCCCUUGCCUCUGCUGUCAUGCUCUGCCUUGAGAUUUGGUACUUCAUGAGCAUACUCAUUCUCACAGGCCAUCUUGAUAAUGCAGUUAUAGCAGUUGGUUCCCUUUCUAUUUGCAUGAACAUCAACGGAUUUGAACUAAUGUUGUUCGUUGGAAUAAAUGUGGCAAUAAGUGUGCGUGUCUCCAAUGAGCUUGGAUCAGGACGACCAAGAGCAGCCAAAUAUUCUGUCUAUGUGACAGUAUUUCAGUGUUUUCUAAUGGGGAUUUUUUUAAUGAUUGUGAUCUUGAUAACCAAAGACAGAUUUUCCCUAAUUUUUACAAGUGAUAAGGAUCUGCAACAAGCAGUCGCUAAGCUAGCAUAUCUUCUUGGUAUAACUAUGUUGCUCAACAGCAUCCAGCCAAUAAUAUCAGGGGUUGCAAUUGGAGGUGGAUGGCAAGCACUGGUAGCUUAUAUAAACUUGGGUUGUUACUACAUUUUUGGACUUUCUCUUGGAUAUCUUCUUGGUUAUACUGCAAAUCUGGGUGUGAUGGGAGUUUGGGGGGGCAUGAUAUGCGGAACUGCUCUCCAAACCUUGCUUCUGUUGAUUGUGCUCUACAAAACCAACUGGAACAAAGAGGUGGAGCAAGCAGCAAAACGCGUGAGGAAGUGGGGUGGUCAGGACGUCACAGCUCAAAGUACCUGAAAAGUACAAAAGAUAUAGUCAGAUCUCUAAUUGCAGCAGCUUUGCCAUUUUCAGUGGCCAAGCAGUGGUUCUCAUUACACAUAUAUAUUUUUAAAUAUCGUCAUUAAAAAUAGUCCCGAAUCGAACCACGGAUGUAUGCAUGGGUUGAGUUGGCUUGAACGACAUUCAUCUAUACCCUCCCCACAUCAUUAUCCUUUUAAAAUCACCUAAUUUUCCUGUCUGUUCAUGGACGGACGUUUCCUUUGAAUUAGCAUCACAUAUCCCAAAAAAGUACAGCGCGGUCUGCUUUAGUUUAACAAAUAAAUUAAUGUCGUGUUGCAUUGCAUCACAUUUACAUAUAAUAUAAUAUACAUGCAGGAGUGUGGGAUCACAUCUGCGGGGGAAACAAACCACCACACUACUUAAGUUUCAACUCUCCAGCCUCCACAUGACGGCACGAGCCAUCACCGGCUACAGCCGGUUAAAGCUACAACUCUACCCUCUCUGUUUGCAGCUUGUCUUCGGUGAAGUUGCAAGAAAUUAAUUGAGGAUAUUUCAUAGAAACAGUGAUCGAAACAUUAUCCUUAACCUUAACCUUUACCGUGUCUUAUAAACCGCGCUAUUGCAGAUCUCUUUGUGUUGUUGUUUAAGUUUGUUUAUUAUUGUAAUUUAGUAGUGAUUAAUUAAGAAAAGGAAAAGGUCCUUUCAUGUAAUAUAUACACAUUAUGAUUUGAAUAAUUCCGCUUGAAACGAGUCACGUUCAACGAACAGCUGCUUUAUU